UGGGCGUGGCCUCUGCCCCGUGCGACACCUCGUGGCCAGACCUACCCUGCACACGGCGCCUCGUGAGCUUUCAGACAUUCUGCGCCAACGGUCACUGGUCACUGAGCCCUGACCACAGAUUUCUGAAACUUCUGGCAGCCCAGUGUCUACUGAAAGGCCCGACCCACUGCCCCGCUCUCAUGGGCAACUACCUGAGCCGCUUCCUGGGCUGGCCCUGGGCCCAGAAGCCGCGCCCGACCCGGAAGCACUGUUCCCCGCGGUCCAGACCCUUGAUCUGGUCCCAGGCCCAGGAGCAGUGCAAGGUCAUCUACUUCCAUGGGAACCACUGGGUCAGCACCCGGCCCCUCCGCACCGCUCCUCCAGGCUGGGACUACACCCGCAUCCGGAGACAGAUGGUCCCCGAGGCCUGGAGGCGCUUUCCCAACAGGCUGCAGCUGCUGAGCAACGUCUGGCCCGAUUUCUCCCAGACUCACCCGGCCUACGUGAAGGGGUGGCUUUGGAAUGCCCGCCACCCCCAGCCUGUCCACAGCCUGGUGACCAUGAAAAUCGCCCCGCCGGAGCGCAGAGGUAACCUGGCACCCAGGCCAUCUUUCUUCAAGGCUGUGAUGAGAAACGGAGUGGCCUGUGCCUUUGUGCCCAGAUCUGGGCUGGUGAGAAGAUGCCCCACUUGGAGCCAGCAGUCUCCGAAGACAUGCAGCAUCGUCUCACUUCUCCCUGGCGGGCGCCUGCCCCACUGCAGUAAGUGUGGCCGCCAGAGGCCCAGUCGCAGAGCCACCACAGGAGCGCUGGGCCUGUGGCCAGCACUGCCCCGACACCUCAGGCUUGCCUGCACCCGGAAGGAGUGUCACCUGGGGGCCAUGCGCCUCAGCACACCCAGCUUGCUGCCCUGCUCCGAGAGCCAGGCCCCUGCCACCACCUCCUGAGCCUCCAGCCCUCAGCACCUUCAGCCUGCUGACCCCAGUUCCACACCCACACCAGCCACCGGCCCCACCAGGGCACUUCCCACUGCUUCAGCCGACCACUCUGCGAGCCCCAGGCCCACCUCCCCUCUCCCCCAAAACCCUUCCCUUUCCCCUGCCAAUUCACUCCUGCCUUCUCCCUGGGGACAGAAGGCAUGCUUCUCCCUAGUUUCUGCAAUAAAAUAUGUCAUUGUUAAUAGGUGACUUUAUUACCAUA